AUGUUUUACUGUGGGGAUGAGGUGCUGAUGUUGACCCUCAGCAUCUCCCCUCCGACGGCCAGUGGUCGCGGAGACGGCGAGCGGGGAGAGGAUAGAGAGCAGGUGGAGGAGGAGGAGGUGGGAAAGCCGUGGCCGUUUUCUACUGGGGGGAGCGCUUUGAUGGGAAGAGGAUGCACUGUGGGCUACUGGAGGAGCCUGACAUGGAUUCCACAGUGUGUGUCCACAGAGAGCUGGAUCGAGCGCUGCCUCAAUGAGAGCGAGAGCAAACGUUACUCCAGCCACAUGUCCCUGGGCAACAUGUCCACCGACGAGCAUGAGGAAAAGGAAAAUAACAGGGCCUCCAAACCGCAUUCGACACCUGCCACUCUGGAAUGGCUGGAGGAAAACUAUGAGAUUGCAGAAGGCGUGUGCAUCCCAAGAAGCGCCCUCUACAUGCACUACCUCGACUUCAGCGAAAAGCACGACACGCAACCCGUCAAUGCUGCUAGCUUCGGGAAGAUUAUUCGGCAACAGUUUCCAGCACUAACCACCAGACGACUCGGCACAAGAGGGCAAUCCAAGUACCACUACUAUGGCAUCGCGGUGAAGGAGACGUCGCAGUACUAUGACGUGAUGUAUUCAAAGAAGGGCGCGGCAUGGGUGAACGAGGCGGGGAAAAAGGAGGUGACCAAGCAGACAGUGGCGUAUUCACCACGCUCCAAACUGGGGACGCUGCUGCCAGAGUUCCCAAAUGUCAAAGACCUCCAUUUGCCUGCCAACUUGCCAGAAGAGAGGGUGUCAACCUUCAUCAUGAUGUACAGAACGCACUGCCAGAGGAUACUGGACACAGUCAUCCGGGCCAACUUUGACGAGGUCCAAAGUUUCCUGCUGCACUUCUGGCAAGGCAUGCCACCCCACAUGCUGCCAGUACUCAGCUCGCCCACCGUGGUCAACAUCGUAGGAGUGUGUGACUCCAUCCUGUACAAGGCCAUCUCUGGGGUCCUCAUGCCCACCGUCCUCCAAGCCCUGCCUGACAGUUUGACGCAGGUGAUUCGGAAAUUUGCCAAACAAUUAGAAGAGUGGCUCAAAAUUGCACUGCAUGAUCUCCCGGAGAACCUGAGGAACAUCAAAUUUGAAUUGUCCAGGAGAUUCUCGCAAAUCCUGAAGCGGCAAACGUCCCUAAACCAUCUGUGUCAGGCGUCGCGCACUGUGAUAAAUAGUGCCGACAUCACCUUCCAAAUGUUGGAGGACUGGAGGAACGUGGACCUGAACAGCAUCACUAAGCAAACACUGUAUACCAUGGAGGAUUCGCAGGAGGACCACCGGCAGCUCAUCAUACACUUAUACCAGGAGUUUGAUCGUCUUUUGGAGGAGCAGUCGCCCAUCGAAGCCUACAUUGAAUGGCUUGACUCCAUGGUGGACCGUUGUGUUGUCAAGGUGUCCGGGAAGAGGCCCGGCUGCCUGAAGAAGGUGGCCCAGCAGUUCCUGUUGAUGUGGUCUUGCUUUGGGACCAGAGUCAUUCGGGAUAUGACGCUCCACAGCGCCCCUAGCUUUGGCUCUUUCCACCUGAUCCAUCUCAUGUUUGACGAUUACGUCUUGUACCUGCUUGAGUCGCUCCACUGCCAGGAGAGGGCCAACGACCUCAUGAGGGCCAUGAAGGGCGAAGGCGGCGCAGAGCAAGAUGAGGAGUUCACGCUGACGGAAAUUACCGCCUCAUCCUCUCCAUCCCCGGACUCAUUCUCACCGGCCCGCUCCGUCCACUCGGGUGCUGUGUCGUCAGCCUCGCCUGCGGCCGAAGCCUCACCCGAGUACCCGUCCAGCACAGGCGCCGUUCAGUCAUAUACGUGGUCCCUUACAUACACAGUGACAACAGCGGGCGGUUCCGUGCCUGACGCCGGCCAGCAGCUGUCCUGCAUGAGGAGCAACGGCGGCGCCGCUGGUACGCCGCCGCCGCCCUCCUCCUCCUCCUCCUCCGCUCAUCGGCUGCCCGUCUAUGCCCACAGAGAGGAGCAUGGAUACACUGGCAGCUACAACUACGGCAGCUAUGCCAACCAGCAUCCUCACGCCAUCCAGAGUCAGUACCCGGGCCUCAGCCACGAUGGCUCUAUCCCGGCACCGUUACACUACUCCGCCUACCACCGCUCAUCUGCGCAGUACCAGUUCAACGGUCAGAUGUCUCGCAUGGAUCCGUGUCUGAUGAGCGGCACCCCACGACUCCACCCGGCGCCUGUGGCCCCCCGCUGGCCAGAUAUGUCCUCGGUCAACGGCUGCUACGCCAGCCCGCCUAUGCAUUCGUCCCGCUACGCCACAUCAGCCGACGUUUACUCGCCUUUGGUGCCCCGUAGGAACUCCGAGUACGAGCACUCGCAGCAUUUCCCCGGCUUUGCCUACAUAAACGGUGAAGCCGCCGCCACCGGUUGGGCCAAGUAG